AAGUCUCGCGAGAUGCUGCGAGGUGAUAAGUUGAAAAAACAUGGCGACGUCUAAUUUGUUAAAGAACAAGGGGUCCCUGCAGUUUGAGGAUAAGUGGGAUCUGAUGCGGCCCAUCGUUCUCAAGCUGCUCAGACAGGAGGCCGUCACCAAGCAACAGUGGUUCGACUUGUUCUCAGAUGUCCAUGCUGUGUGUUUAUGGGAUGAUAAAGGUCCAGCAAAAAUCCACCAAGCCCUCAAAGAGGACAUCCUAGACUUCAUCAAACAAGCACAGGCUCGGGUGCUGAGCCACCAGGACGACACGGCACUGCUAAAGGCCUACAUCGUAGAGUGGAGGAAGUUCUUCACGCAGUGUGACAUCCUGCCCAAACCCUUCUGUCAGCUGGAGAUCACGCUGAUGGGCAAACAGGGCAGCAACAAGAAAACAAACAUGGAGGACAGCAUCGUACGCAAGUUGAUGCUGGACACGUGGAACGAGUCAAUCUUUUCCAACAUAAAGAGUCGCCUGCAGGACAGCGCCAUGAAGCUGGUGCACGCUGAGAGACAAGGGGAGGCCUUCGACUCCCAGCUUGUUAUAGGAGUACGAGAGUCGUACGUGAACCUGUGUUCGAACCCAGAGGACAAGCUGCAGAUCUACAGGGAUAACUUUGAGAAAGCGUACCUGGACUCCACAGAGAGGUUUUACAGAACGCAGGCACCGUCUUACCUGCAACAGAACGGCGUCCAGAACUACAUGAAAUAUGCAGACGCGAAGCUGAGAGAAGAGGAGAAAAGAGCACUUAGAUAUUUAGAGACACGUCGUGAAUGUAACUCUGUUCAAGCACUUAUGGAGUGUUGUGUGAAUGCUCUGGUGACCUCGUUCAAAGAGACCAUCCUCGCUGAAUGUCCAGGGAUGAUCAAACGCAACGAGACAGACAAACUGCACCUGAUGUUUUCACUGAUGGACAAGGUUCCCAGCGGGAUCGAGCCCAUGCUGAAAGACCUAGAAGAACAUAUCGUCAAUGCUGGACUAGCAGACAUGGUGGCUGCUGCCGAGACUAUCACUACUGACUCUGAGAAGUAUGUGGAGCAGCUGUUGACUUUGUUUAACCGCUUCAGUAAACUGGUAAAGGAGGCCUUCCAGGACGACCCUCGCUUCCUUACAGCAAGAGAUAAGGCCUACAAGGCUGUUGUCAAUGACGCCACAAUCUUCAAGCUGGAGCUGCCUUUGAAACAGAAAGGUGUGGGUAUGAAAACUCAGCCCGAGUCAAAGUGUCCCGAGCUGCUGGCGAACUACUGUGACAUGCUGCUGAGGAAAACUCCUCUCAGCAAGAAACUCACCUCAGAGGAAAUCGAGCUCAAGCUCAAAGAAGUGCUCUUGGUUUUGAAAUAUGUUCAGAAUAAAGACGUGUUCAUGCGUUACCACAAAGCUCACCUGACCAGGCGCCUGAUUCUGGACAUUUCAGCAGACAGUGAGAUUGAAGAGAACAUGGUGGAGUGGCUGAGAGAAGUAGGAAUGCCUGCCGAUUAUGUGAACAAGCUGGCCAGGAUGUUUCAGGACAUCAAGGUCUCAGAGGACCUUAAUCAGGUCUUCAAAGAGAUGCACAAACACAACAAGCUGGCACUGCCAGCUCCACAAGUGAAAGUCUUUGCGGACAGUGUGAACAUUAAGAUCCUGAAUGCCGGAGCUUGGUCACGUAGCAGUGAGAAGGUUUUUGUCUCUCUGCCCACGGAGCUGGAGGACCUGAUCCCUGAAGUGGAAGACUUCUACAAGAGGAAUCACAGCGGUCGCAAACUCCACUGGCAUCACCUCAUGUCCAACGGCAUUAUCACAUUUAAAAAUGAGGUGGGUCAGUACGACCUGGAGGUGACGACGUUCCAGCUGGCGGUGUUGUUUGCCUGGAACCAGCGACCCAGAGAGAGAAUCAGCUUUGAGAACCUCAAACUGGCCACAGAGCUGCCGGAUGCCGAGCUACGCCGGACACUCUGGUCUCUGGUUGCUUUCCCCAAGCUGAAGAGACAGGUGCUGUCUUACGAUCCUCCAGUUAGCUCGCCCAAAGACUUCACAGACAGCACGCUCUUCUACGUCAACCAGGAGUUCUCACUCAUCAAAAACUCCAAAGUCCAGAAGCGGGGAAAGAUCAACCUGAUUGGUCGGCUGCAGCUGACCACAGAGCGAAUGAGAGAAGAGGAGAAUGAAGGAAUUGUUCAGCUCAGAAUACUCAGAACUCAGGAGGCCAUCAUCCAAAUCAUGAAGAUGAGGAAGAGGAUCAGCAACGCCCAGCUGCAGACGGAGCUGGUGGAGAUCCUGAAGAACAUGUUUCUGCCUCAGAAGAAGAUGAUCAAGGAGCAGAUCGAGUGGCUCAUCGAACACAAGUACAUAAAGAGGGACGAGACAGACAUCAACACCUUCAUCUACAUGGCAUAGGCAGCAAGAGAAGCAGGGAGCGCUUUCUUGCUCCGUUUUUUACUCCAGGCCUGCGACCGGCGCUUUAAAAACCUGCGAGAGGAGAGGGACGAAGAACAGAGGGGUGAUGAUAAGGACGAGGAAGAGCCUUUUCAACAAAAGUGUGGAUAUUUUUUGUGUUCGUGAGACACCAGUGUGUUAUCGAAGUGUCUUUUCGAGGUGUAGAGUCGGACUGUCUGUUUGUCUCUGCUGCCCUCUAGUGUCGAUCAGAGGAGAGGGACGGCAGCGUGCGCCGUCUGCCAGCAGCCCCGAAGAAAAAAAAAAAAAAUAGUGACAUUAUUGAAUUAAAUACUUCCUGCCUUACUUUCAUCAGCAACAGACUGCAAACGAGGAGGAGGAGGAGGAGGAGCAGUGAGGAGGGAAGGGAGGACAAAUGUAACAAGCUGAUAUCAAUCCUUUGCUUUCACUUAAUGCCACAGCAGCCAUCUUAGCGGCCGCCAUUUUGCAUCCCUCCAAUUCUACGUUUGUCUUAUUUUUGAACUGGGAAUGCAAAAAGCCGCGAGUGACAGCUGCCAUUGAGGAGGAGCGGACACGGUUGGAGAGAUUGGUCGAAACUACCGAGGAGUAUUUUGCCAAAUUGUGUGUGUGUGUGUAUGUGUGUGUGUUUGGGUGCAUGGUGUGUAUCUGGUCUUUUUAGAUGUGUGUGUGUGUGUGUGUGUGUGUGUGUGUGUGUGUGUGUGUGGCACUUUCAACAGCAUGCUGCUUUAUGAUUUUUGUCUGUUUUUGUUUUUAGUGGAGGAUCUGUCACACUUUGUGGUUGGGAGAUUUACACCUGCCACUAUUUAAUGCUGAUACUUUUUGACUUUUUCUUUUCAUCCCCUGUGGCAGGUUGUCUGCAGACCUUUGUCUGUGUUGGGAAAUUAUCAUUCUGCAAACUAUUUAUUUGGUGUGCUUAAAUACGAGCUGAAUGCAUCAGAGGGACACGUCUAAAAUUGGAACAAAAUAACAAAUACAUCGACAUGAUUGAAGCCCCAUUACUGAAUUUCCCUCUUUUAUUAAUUCACUUCCCGUGUGUCAUUCUUUGCACAGUGUCAGUAACAGGAAAAUGCUGUUAAACUAAAUGAGUGAGCUGCUUUUUCGGGGGGUCUUAUUCCCCAAGGAGAACACUGUCUGAGCUAUUGUUGAGUUCAUAUAGCCAUCGUAAUGUGUGUGUGUGUGUGUGUGUGUGUGUUGCCCUCUUCUCCCUUUCUGCACAAACUCACAGAUCCAACAGACGCCACACUGUAACAGAAAUGUUGCCCAAUCAAGUGAAUGCGUGGAAGCGAAGCAGAUGAAAGGUGUAUGUUUAACAUAUGAGCUGCGGUUUAAAUGGUAUUGAUGAUUAUGAUGUUGAUGAUGAUGAUGAUGUUGAUGUGGUGGAUAUUUGAGUUCCCUCUUCUGUUUUUUGGUUCAUUCUCAGUGGAGAAGCUAUACACUACGAUCUACAAACAUUCCUCUGAAGCAUCAGCAAGGAUCGGUUCAGACUUACUUUGGCUUUAUUCUCCGUGGCUGUAUAUAUGUGUGUGUGUGGGGAGCGUCGUUGAGUCCAAUCCAAAACUCAUUCCAAUAUCCAGCUGAAGUUGAUGAGAUGCUGCAGAAGUCUCACUGACCCAGUUCAGUCGGGUGGGAUUGGUAGUUUCAGCUAUUCAGCUACACUCUUCUACCUCAGCAGUCACACAAAAACAACACACACAUUUACUUAGGUCACUUUUGGGGACAUGACACUUACAUUAGUUUACAUCAUUAUUAUCAGUCAUUGCGACAUGUCAAUAAUAACCCAUUAAAAGAUGUUAAUCAAAGCAUUCAACAACCUCGAUGUGACUGCGCCCCAAAUGAACUGGUAUUUACUCUGAAAUGUGUUGUCUUAAGUCAGACACACACACACACACACACACACACACACACACACACACACUGGGUUGUGUCUUGCUCAAAGGCACUUUGACUUGCGGACAGGAGAAUUAACCCUUUAGAUAACAGACAAGCUGCUCAGAGUCACAUACGUUUUCAUAGCUGUUACCUGUAACAGUGACCUCAUUAUACUGAGCCGGUGCUAACAUAUCACAGACAUCAUCAGUGUCAACAAGCAACAAAUUGCCAAAGAUAUUUUUGGAAGUAAUUUAGAAACAAUGCCUCCAUAGUUACAUAGUUUGUCCACUACAGAGCACUUCAGCUGAACGUUGGAUGGCGUCUUUGCAAGAACUGGAUUUUGUGUCUUUCUUUUUGUUUUAUACAGUGGAGGCCUGUAGGGAGAGGAGGAUGAAUUAUUGGGACUGAGGAAGCUCUCUACAUACAGUUGGACAGAGGGUAUAAAAUCAAGAUAAUAUCUGAACCAAUCCAUUUGUUUUAUUCCAAAAUGAGAUUUAAUAAUGAGACAUAUAUAAUAAUGAUUUCUGGCAUUAAGUUGAAUCACACAGUUUUUAAAUCAUGACUCAUCUGGCUUGUUUAUCUGCUUGCAGAGAUAAAACUGUUUGCUUUUACUUAUUAUUUAUAUUUUUUCUAUGCAUUACAGUUCAAAAUGAAAAUAUAGCAAUUUCUGUUUCAAGGCUGCACAAAGUCAUACAAUCUAUUUCUUAAUUUUGGAUUUAAUUAUCAGUCGGCUGUUUGAGACAAAUGUGAAGAAUAGCCGGUAGGAAAUGAAGACACUGUCCCUUUCUUUCGCUUUUUCUGUUUCUCACAGCUUUUAUUCUUGAGAGCCUCGCACAAUUCUUAUUGGCUGACUCCACAUUUUUCCAGUGUUAACGUGCUUUGCUUGAGAGGGAAUUAUUGGGAGUUGACACGUGGUGUUUGUGUGUCCUCUGAGGGCUGAAUGAAUAUUAAAAACUCAUUUGAAAGGUUUAAAGCAACUGUUGUCACAUCAACGUUGGCAUUGUGUUGAUUGCUGCAUUGUGCGACUACAUUCUUGCUGCUGCUCAGACGUUUAAAAUACUUUAGGGUGCUGUAUGUUCAGUGGAUACAAGGUCUGCAGAAACUUUAAUACGAUGAAUCAGAAAGGGAAAAAAACAAUAGGAUAGGUCCAUUUAGAAUAAUUGAUUUUAUCACUCUACGAUUGAACUUGGUGACAUUACUUUGAGAGUGUUGUUCAGCUCUGAUGUUGGAUGUCCUGUGGAGUAGUGAGGAAGAGGAAGAGGAAGGACAACAGUGAAUGGGUGGGAUUGGACUUUUUAUAUUCUAUAUUUAUGAGGAAUGUUACUUUCUGUCAGUUUAAAUCUAAUCUAAUUUCCUUUUCAUGUUUUGUUUUUGGAAAGAUGUUUUUUGUUUUUGUCACAGAGCUGACACAGUAUUUAACUGUAAUGAUCCGAUUUCCACCUGCAGUUUGUCAAAACGCUAAAAUGUUUUUUUUCUCUUUCUGUGACUGCAAGUCCAUCAUGUUUGUAAUAAUUAGACUCACAUUUGCAGUGACACUUUAUUUUGGAAGAGUCUACCUGAGAUGAAACUAAUGUCACAUUAUGCAGUUUUAUUCUCUAUGCACAGACCUGGCUCAGUUAGUAUUCUGCAGAUGAUUUCCUGUUUUUAAACAUCCCGAGAACACACAAUGAAAUGAGUCCCAGUAAAUUCAGACUUGUCGAAUGUCAAUACCUCAAUAUGCUUUUUUUCCCUUCUUUCUGCAAUCAAAAAAUAGUUUAACAGUUUUAACUCCUCUCAUUUGACUUUCCCCAACAAAUGUAAACAAAUUCUUAAAAGAUAAUUUGUGGAUAAGCCAGUGGAGCCGGUUUCUGUACAGCUUGAAGUGAAAAAAAUCCAUUUUAAAACAGUGACUGUAUGCGGCUGGGCCUGUUUUAUUGUUUGGUUUAUUCUCUAUCAGAAAGUGAGGAGUUGAACAACUGUACAGAAAUGGGCCAGCAAGCUAUAUUUAUAUUUCCUUACAUCCAAAUAUGAUUGAAAGCAGCAGAAUUAAAGUGUAAGGAAUUCUGGGAAAUGUAGGACAGUGGUUUUUCAACUACGGUCUGGGAAAUAUUAUAACUUAUCACAUUUUAGGGAAGUUGGCUAUGUUUAAUUGUAAUUUAGAAUAAUUCCAGUUUGAUCAUUGAUUGAUAAUAUCGAAGACUUUAUCUUCAAACCUAAAGAUUCCUUUAUCAAUUUAGGAGUCCGUGGUCUAACGUGCUUCUGUUGUUGGGGAUCUUUGACAUGAAAAAGUAAACUAGGAACACCAGGAAAAUAAUAAAAUAACACAAAUAAAAAUAUUUUGGGGUGGAUUUUUCCUUUGAGCAUUUCCCCUUCCUCUCUUUUCUAUUUUGCUCAUGAUUCAGUAUGAACAGCUGGCCUCUCCAGAUUCAUUGAGGUUUAUUUUGUCUGAGGUUUAUUUAACCAAAUGGAUUCUGCACUUUGUGGAGCUCUAACAAUCACAGAAACCUUUCAGAGAGACCAUUUACAAGUGCGAUUGUGUGUGUGAAGUGAUAUUCAGCAAUCAUUUUAUAAAACAAACCGAACAGAAAACAUGUUUCAAGUAUGUAUUUACAGCAUACAAAGGUGUCACUUCCCUCCAUUGUAACAUUUUGUUUGUUUUUUUAAAUACAGGUACUGGUCUUAUUUUACUGCCCAUUUUAUUAGACAUUCUGUAUUUUAAACCUUGUUAAACAAUAGUUGAAUGUGUUAUAUUUCGUCCAAUCAAUAAUCAGUAUUAGCUGGUGAAACAGAAACCUUUCUGUAGCUUUUUUCAGUCAAUCGAUUCUGGUCCGACACAUCUGGUUUAACUUCAGUCGAGUUUAAAGAAGCUGUGGGUGGUUUUUAGUUUGUGGAGCGGGCUGUGGUUGCUAUGGUUACUGUGUUUUUAUCAUUUGAAGCCCACCCAUCAGCCCGGCCUGCACGGGGGGGAGGGGGGGCAGACUUACCUGUAGCCUUGCAUAAUGAUAAAACUUGAACGAAAACACAAUCAGUCACAGCGUAAACCAGCUGAAUGUUUGCCACUACAUCGAGUGAAGACAUUAAACUUUGUGUGGUUGGAGCGGGAGGAGAGUGGUUCAACUACUUUCAUGUGCUGCGUUGUUUUGCUUGUUUCAGAUAUUUUUUAAAGUUGAAUAAUUUAUUUCCUGGCAAAAUAAAGACGACUGUAAAGAAAGAGA